AUGGUGAAUACGAAUAGAACUGAUUGGGCCCGCAAGCUCGAUGAUGCUUUAUGGGCUUACCGGACUGCCUUCAAGACUCCGAUUAGGACUUCGCCUUUCAAGCUAGUUUUUGAAAAAGCAUGUCACCUGCCAGUUGAACUUGAACAUAAGGCUAUGUGGGCCUUGAAGAAAUUGAACAUGAAUUGGGAAGAAGCGACUAAACUCAGGUUGUUUCAACUCAAUGAGAUCGAUGAGUUCCGCUAUCUGGCCUAUGAAAGUGCAGCACUAUACAAGGAGAGUAUGAAGCAGUAUCAUGACAAGAAAAUCUUGAAGCGGGAAUUUUACCAGGGUGAUCCUGUCCUGCUAUUUAAUUCUAGAUUAAAGCUGCUACCGGGCAAAUUGAAAUCAAGGUGGUCCGGUCCCUUUGAAAUGGUAAGUGUUUCACCACAUGGAGCAAUUGAAUUGAAGUCCGAAGAUAGAACUCGGACAUUUAAGGUGAACGGGCAGAGGGUGAAGCACCACCAUGGUUCCAUUGAGGGGGAUAGAAUUAUCCAUCGAUACCGAUUGAAGCACCUAGGAACGAAUCCUGACCCGGAGUAA